AUGUCCCAACUCGACACCUUCGUCGAGCAAGUCAAGCCCACCGUGGCCGCGCUCGCCGCCACCUUUCCCGACGACCACUACCUCGUCAAGAUCCUCUGCCCCCGCAAGCGCACAAUGGAAGAGAAGAUCGAGAUUCACCGCAACUACCUCAGACGCGAGCUCAACGAGCGCACCAAGCAGGCGUCGUGGAAUGACGACGUUGCCAAGCUCACCCACGCCAUGGCCAAUCUCCACCUCGGUGCUUCUGAGGCUCAGGCUGAGCCAGAGCCAGUGAAGUGUGCGACCUGCAAGUCGAUCGUUUCGGCGCCCGAGGCGACCAAGACCCGCGCGUCGCGUGGCGGACCUGUGGCCGAGACUUCGCCCACGCAAGAGAGCCAGCAGCUUUCCACCGAGGACACCAAGCAGGCCGACGCUAGCGUCGCCCACCUUAGCACGCUCUCUCCUGAAGUGAUCUCUGACAUUGUCAACACCGCCUCGCCCAACGUAUCUGUCGCUCCCAUUGCCAUGACGUCGUCGGCAGGAGCCGAGCAGAGGUCGGCGAUCUCCGACGCCACCUCCACCACUGCAGUCAUUGAGACCGUUCCGGCUCUCUCUCCGUCUGCAGCCGAUACAAAGCCCUCUUCGCAGGGUACCGUCGGCACGGAGCACUCUUUGGAAACCCCUCGCUCCCUCAACCUUGGUUCUGAUCUCGUCCCUGCUCCUGCGGCGGCCACACCUGGCGCUCAUUCGAAGCCUGCCCCGACUGGGACUCCUUCGCCCCCUGUCCCCCAAGUCCCCUGGGUCCAGUCGGAGAUCCGUGAGCGGCAUUGGACCCAGCGCUCUGCAUUCUUUAAGAAAGACUACGAUGAUGAUGACACAUCAUCAACCCCGCUCUCGUCCUCACCGUCGUCGUCGUCACUGGUCACCGUCCCUUCCGCCAACUCCACGCCUGCCGAGCUCGGCACGAGCGAGAGGCUUCCCGAGGUGAACACGCUCCAGACCACCUCCUCAUCCAACCUUCAAGAUGCUCUUUCUGCUGAAAUCACCCCGUCCUCGGCCCCCACCAGCAUUGUGCAGAUCGAGGAGGCAGCUGCCAACGAUGAGUCGCCGGCUGUUCGCCCCAACAGUGAACAGACCGAUGAUGCUGGGCAAGAGGUUUCGGCUUCUCCAGCACCGUCGGACCAGCCUGCCGAGGCCGAGGCAGCCUCGCCUCCCUCAACCAGUGUCGAGCCAGUAACGUGCCCGGCCACCUCAUCGGCAACCGGCACCUCGGCGGCGGACCCUAACUCAAGCACUCCACCAAACGCCUCCGAGUCGCUGCUCCAGUCGAAGAGUGAGAGCGCCGCUAUGGUCGCCACUUCAGCACCUGGCUCGCCUGGUAUCCCGGUAUCUUUGACCAACGACACGGCUCAAUCUCAAGCCCCCAAGCGGAAGGUGACCAAGGCUGCACGUGGCCUACGCAGGCCAGCGCCACUGCGCAGCGCCAUCUCCAGCACCUCCAGCGCAAGCUCGCCCUCGCCGCUCGACAGCGACUCGACCUCGGGCCCUGCAGACACUGCCGUCAUCACUCCCUUCAGUGAACCCAUGCCCCUCCCCCAGAGUUCUGACGUUUCCGACAAGAGUGGUUCAGCUGCUAUUGCGACCAUGAAGCCCUUCGUUCUCGGCCUCUCGCUGGUCACCACACCCACACCCGCAAUCGAAGCCACCGCGCCAUCGACAAACCCCAAGGCUGGACCUGCCCUUGUCAAGGAGGAGCCUAUGGCGACUUCGCCUGGCGACAUCCCCUCUGCGACAACCGCCCCUAACGCGGCCGUCGAGGGGUCUCAGGAUUGUCCUCCUCGUCUCUCCGACGAUGCCCCAACUCUGAGCAACUCGGACCACAUUUAUGCGCGUCUAUUCUUCAAGAAGGUGGAGCUGAGCAACGCUCAAUGGCAAGCCUUGCAUUAUGAAUUGCGCAUGCCGGGUGACAACCCCACGCCGCCCUCGGUCGAGAACGGGAGCUGGGCUGCCAAGUACGUGGAUGACAAGAUGGGAAAACUCUCUCCAAAGAAGCUGUGGGCAAUGGCCUUCUUUGUUAAAGAAGUGAGCGGUCUGAUGUGUCACAGAGGGCGUUGA